AUGAAGAAGAGUGCCGAUGGUGAGUAUGACUUCUUGGAUUUCUGGGAAGCAAAUCAAAAGUUCUUUGCUAUGAAGCAAGGAACAACCAAAAACUUGAUGCAUUUCAAGGAACGAUUCUUGAGACAGGAUGAAGUCCUGCAAGAUCUAUAUGGCGUGGCCUGGUUCCAAGAUUUUGCAGUCAAGACGAAAGCGUAUGCUGCUAUUGCUAGCACCAAUACUGCUGCUCAAAACAAGUUCAAGGAUGAUAUCUUUGAAGCCGUUCUGGCAACAGGAUUUCUAUGCAACAGCGAUCGAACGAGAACAGCUCCUCUGAUGCUGGAUCUUCAGACGAACUAUUGCAGAGAAGUGGAUUAUUAUCCAAAGACGGUCAGCAAAGCACAAGAUAUGUUGAAAAUUCACAUGGAAGUGAGUAAAAAUCCGGGAGUGAACCUCUACCAAGGAAAAGACCAACCUAAUAAAGGUAAAGGCAAAGGCAAAGGAAAGGGGAAACCAAAGGAUGGAAAGAAGGCAGCAUGUUAUGUAUGUGGCAACGAAGACCAUAUGUCUCCAAAAUGCCCAGACAGACUGCUACCAAAGACCCAAUGGAAGAAUCAGGAUCAAUAUGUCGACUAUGGGAAGAAGCUCAAUCUUAAUCAGAUUGGAGCAACUGUCCCAGCUACUGUUCCAGCUAUAGUUCCUGGAGCUUCAGCGUCUACAAGUGGAGCAUCAAGUGUUGCGGGAAGCGUUAACACACCUUUGCAACUUGCUGAUACUACAGGUAAUCAAAUGAUGCAAAUUGCUUUCAGUGGAAUGCAACUCAGCCAACAAGGCUUCAGUGGUGCUCAAGUGCGCCAAGGAUUUGAUGCAACUCAAGCUCGAACUCCGCAAGCUGUGAAAACUGGAUAUUUUGAUACAUCAAAUGUCUUUCUCGAUGCUAUCAGGGGAAAGGAUGAGAAUGGCAAUGAUGUCUAUCUUAUUCCAUGUCCUGCUCAUACAACAAAUGUUGAACUUCAAGCCGACUGGCACUAUGCUAGUGAAGAUGAAGAUUUGCCUGAUAUUGCUACUGAAGACGAAUUUAUUGGGAACGAUCGUGAGCUAGUGGUAUAUGUACCAGGAUUAAUUCUCGGUCUGGCGGUCCAGGAUCCUUUGGUGAUUUUUCCGUUGGACGAGCCGUUGGAAGACACUACGUUUUUUAGUCGGUAUUGGGAUUUUACUUUGGAGGUCGAGCCUCGGUUACUACUGGAACUACGUCCUCUGGCUAAAGUGUGGGCCAUUGCGGUUGAACUUCUAGGCCACCCGUGGACCGACCCCGACACGACGACGGUAGUAACGAAAUUGGCUGAGCGUCGCUCAGCAGCCAAGGGCCAAAAACGUGAGCGCAAUCUGGACCCAUCAACGGAACGAAAAUCAGCUCCAAUUGACCCUUGCUCUCCGGCGCGAGGGUUCUUUCCGGAUGCCACUCCAAAACCAGUUCGCGACUCUGUUGCCCCUGAUAAGGAUGAUUCAGUAAUGAUGGACACAACGGGUCCAUCGGUAAUUAGCCCCACCAAUAAACCAGUCCACGGCAAGUUUGCUUAUUGGUCCGACAACGAUGGGUCUGAGUCCGUCGAGUCGGCAUUAGACUUUUCUGCACCAUCGAAUUCGGACCAACCUCCUACUGAAGUGGUUGUGGGGAAGUCACCUGCCCCAGCUCAGCGGGCCAACGACCCCUCGGCAACAGUAUUGAUCGACUGUCACUUGUCGAAGACUGAGCCUCCCAACCCUCCUCAACCUUCAGCUCCUCUGUCCGUGAAGAAGCAACUCAUUUAUGUUGCCGCCUCACAGAAGAAGGCUGCUAUUUGGACCAAGUACCUCUCUGAAGAAAUGAAAGCCCGUGAAGUGACACAGAUGAAUUUGACUGGGCUUCCGCGCUCAAAUGCCCAGUUCCUCUGCGCUACAAUCAACUAUGAAUGGGAUGGCAAUACAUAUGAGGGUGGUUCUAUUGAAAAGUGUUUCACUGAAGAAAUGGUCUCAGUUCUGUCUAUGGCUAUGGACAACGCUGAGGGCGACUUGGUCAUUCUUCCAGUGAGCGAACUCCGUGUAUGGGACAAGAAGUUGUGGCUGACCUCUAAAGAGAAAGUGGAGGAGCUCACCUACAAGAAGCUCAAGCCCUACAUUGACUGGUCCUGGAAUAAUGGCGCCCGAUUUGGCUACAACGCUAAGAACCCCGGCUCCAAGACUCUUCGCACCCGCAUUCGCGUCGCCCACAACUCUUCUCUGGACGACAUGUCCCGACUACUGGGUCAAUGUUUCGAGAUCACCGGCACGCAUGCAGGCGUCUUCCGUUCCCCGCUGCAAGUUAGUGAUCCUGUCCGAAUCGGUUGGCUACUGAACUACCCCAUGGGGAUUGGGAGAGCGGCACUUGAACGCGAGCUCAUGCGUCACUUCACCUUCAAGCGAGCUAUAGCCCUCGAACCUGCGUGGCCACAGAACCCCGGUACGGCGGGCCAAAAAUGGAUGCCCUCCAAGGGUCCAAAAGCGUGGCACAUUUGGGUAGCUGCUUCUGACGUGGAUAGAGUGGCACGGGCCCUCUUUGCAUGGCUCAGACCAGAGACAAAGAAGUGUCACAUGCCGUUUGGUGCCCGGACUCAGUUUGUCUACGACUUUGGGGCGAUUACGAAGGGACACCUUGGUGACCUCGCGCAACCAGGGGGGCAGUGGAAUGGCAUCAUUGGGAAACUCAUCAACGCCCAUGACACUACCUCCCAGACCUGCACCUCCCUGGCUCCACUGUUUCCUAUCCAAGGCAUGCUGACCAAGGUCUUCAUUCCCAAGUACUGCAAACAGGGCAAGGGCAAAUCCCUCCUCCAAUUCCUCUAUGCAAUUCAGUGCAUACCAGCGGUCAAGAAACCUGCCCCUGCUCAGCCUGAACAAUCAGCCACACAGGAUGCCGACACACCAGACUCUCCAUUGCCACCUUCCGUGUCUUCUACUCCUCCCGAACUGACACUGACCAACCCAAGCGUAACUGCCCCCACCACAGCUCAGCCAACUCUACCCGCCUCAUCACCGCCGGGCCAAGCAACCUCUUGA